AUGCGGGCAAACAUCCAAAUUAGACAAAACUGAUGGCCAGGCUACUGCUAUUUCCACAUCUGUUUAGGUUCCUCUUGGUUCUUGCUCCAGUCAUGAUUUCUGCAUUCUGACUCCUGGCUGAUCCGGCUCCUGCAGCUUUCUUUGUUUCUGGUCUUACUGAGUGAGUGUCCAUCCUUGGCUAAUAAAUAAGCUACAUUCUCCGACGCGCAGCUUCCUUUAGCUGGCUGCCUUCAUUCCUCCACAUGUGGUGCAACAUCGGUUCUCUGGGCUCCGAGUCAGCUCUGUCCUGUGUGGUGAGUUCUCCCCUGGCAGGUCCCCAGCAGUGGCGGCGGCUGCACCUCCUUCCUCAAGGUCACUCUACACUUCCUGCCCCAACGGGCUUGCUUCCUCAAGGCUCUGCUGUCCCUCCAGGAGCCCAGCAGCACUACCUCAAGCUAUUUCCUGGCUCAGGUUUAUCCAGAUAAACGACUUGGCUGCUGAGAUAAUUCCAGAAUUCUGAUGGUCCCAACUUGCAAUAAGAAGGAGAAACAAUCCACAGAGCCAUACGGAUUGUACGACUCCGGACACGAAUUUCUCGGUGAAGCGUUGAAACAACGGAGACGUAAAUAUCCUCAUUCUCCACUUGACAAGGUCAUGGAAGAUCUAGAGGAAACAUUAUUUGAAGAAUUCGAGAACUACUCCUAUAACCUGGAAUAUUACUCCUCAGAGUCUGAUUUGAAGGAGAAAGUCCAACUGGGAGUUGUUCAUUGGGUCUCCCUGGUGUUAUACUGUUUAGCAUUUAUUCUGGGCAUUCCAGGAAAUGCCACUGUCAUUUGGUUCACGGGGUUCAAGUGGAAGAAGACAGUCACCACUCUCUGGUUCCUCAAUCUGGCUAUUGCAGAUUUUAUUUUUCUUCUCUUCCUACCUCUGUACAUCUCCUAUGUGGCCAUGAAUUUCCACUGGCCCUUUGGCAUCUGGUUGUGCAAGGCCAAUUCCUUCAUUGCCCAGUUGAACAUGUUUGCUAGUGUUUUCUUCCUGACAGUGAUCAGCCUGGACCGCUAUAUCCACUUGAUCCAUCCUGUCAUAUCUCAUCGGCACCGAACCCUAAGGAACUCCCUGAUUGUUAUUAUAUCCGUUUGGUUUGUGGCUGCUCUAAUGGGUGGUCCUGCCCUCUACUUCCGGGACACUCUGGAGUUCAAUAACCAAACUCUUUGCUAUAACAAUUUCCAUGAGCAUGAUCCUGACCUUACUUUGAUGAGGCACCAUGUUCUGACCUGGGUGAAAUUUAUUGUCGGGUACCUCUUCCCCUUGCUAGCAAUGAGCAUUUGCUACUUGUGUCUCAUCUUCAAGGUGAAGAAGCGCAGCAUCCUGGUCUCCAGUAAGCAUUUCUGGACCAUCCUGGCUGUGGUCAUGGCCUUUUUGAUUUGCUGGACUCCUUAUCACCUGUUUAGCAUUUGGGAGCUCACAAUCCACCACAGUAGCUAUUUCCACCAGGUGCUUCAGGCCGGCAUCCCCCUCUCCACUGGCUUGGCAUUCCUCAAUAGUUGCUUGAACCCCAUCCUUUACGUCCUAAUUAGUAAGAAGUUCCAAACUCGCUUUCGGGCCUCAGUUGCUGAGAUCCUAAAGCACACACUGUGGGAGGUCAGCUGUUCUGGCACAGUGAGCGAACAGCUCAGGAACUCUGAGACCAAGAACCCAUGUCUUCUGGAAACAGCUCAGUGAGUUAUCAGUAGAAGGCUUUUGCGGGGGGGCCCUGACAAAUGCUUUCAGAUUAUUUGGUUCCAAGGUAUGGUAAUAACCAUCUCUUUCUGUCAAUCAGUUUAGUGGCAUUACAUUUUUGUGUGGGUAUAAAACGUAGGAAAGAUCUUCAUUUUUUCUCCCUGCAAAUUAAAUUAUCUGUCAUUCUUGCUAAUUAUACCGUUGUGGAUUAGUCACCACUGUGGAUGCAGUAUCAGCUAUUAUUUUUUAAGUCCUAAUGACUUUGAAGUCCUAAAUCUUAAUAUUAAAUAGAUGAUAAAUUCAUUUCAAAAAUGUUAACAUAUGUGCUUAAGCUCACUUUAAUUUUGCACCAGUAACCUAUUAGACAUAUUUUUCAAAUGCAACAUGUACUUCAUUUCUUUAUUUCAUGAAAUCUAUGUAUGUACAUUUAUAAAUUAAAGUAAUAGUUGGUUAUAGUAGUUUAAAACAUUAUGAACUAUUCAUGCUUAGUGAAGUGUCCCAGAAUCUAGUUGCUUGAAAUGACAAUUUAUUAUUAUAAUGUCUCACAAUUCUGAGUCAGAAACUCAAACAAGGCCCAGAAGGGAUGUUCAUCUCUCCGCUUCACGAGGUCUGGAGCAUCAGCUGGACUGGGAUGACCCAAAUGGUAGAAUUUUGGAACAGCUUGUCUCCUCUGCCCUACUGUCCCUUCUCUUCAUCUUUUUUUUUUUUCAUACAGCUCAUCCAGUAUGGUAGCUCAGGGUGGCCAGACUUCUUAUAUGGCAGUGUAGGGCUCUAAGAGACCAAAGUGGACAUUUCUAGUCCUCUUUAAGCCUAUGCCCACCCCUGACACAGUAUCACAUCCACUGUACUCUCUUGGUCAAAGUAGUCCUGGACCAGCUCAGGUUCAAGGGGAGGCAACAUAAACUCCACCUGCCAGUGUGGAUAUGCUCCUAUCUUUAAUCCCUCAUGAAAUCACUAUAAAUAUUAAUAUUCUUGGAAAAUUCUGGGUAUGUGCAAAUAUGUAUAAGAUUGCUGUAAACAUAAAACACUGACAUAUAGAUGGUAGAUAGGCCAGCCUAAUUUCAGAAUGAUUUCAGAAAAAGAAAGCAUGUAUGACAUUGAUAUAUUUCUACCUUCUAUUCCCAUAACUCUAUAGACACCAGUACAAGACCAAUAAAGUAAUACCUUUAAGUUAGUAACCUCUUCAAUUUUAAAAAGCAUUUAAUUUUUUGUAAUUUCUUUAUUUUGAAAGUUGGGAGGGGGGCUGUGUUAUUUCUUGAAUCAAUAUCCUUUUUUAUUUCAUCUCUCAGCUUCUGGAAAUGCCCAUUAGCCCAUAGCAACAAUCAGAUCUGGUUUUGGAAAUUAUUCCUCAAAAAUGUGUGGCAUAGCUCAGCACAUCCCAAACUUCUGUCAUCCCCCAAUUUCAUGAUUUCUGCCACCCAGUAUGGAGGGAAGGCAAGAAGAGAAAGGCUCAUUGUGAGUGUCUGUCCCCUCCACAACCGGAGUUUAAGAUACUCCAUUCUGGGUUCCCCGUCACCUUCAAGGGACAGGCCCUGAUUUCCCAGGAUCAGGAGAAAAGCUGGAGGAUCAAAGACAAAGAGAAUUCCUUAGGCUCAUCCUUAGUUUGAGCAGAUGGAGGGAUUCUCAAGGCUGUGGGAGAAAGAGGAAGGCUGAAGAGCAGGAAGGGGAUUAAGCAACCAAGGGCAGAAGGAAAUGGAGCAGAUGGUGUUACCACCUAAGAAGCAGGAGCUUACCAAAGGCCUAUGAAAAUAUUUGAGAUCUUUAAAAAAAUGUUAUUGACUCUAGAAUAUAAAAAAGGAAACUUGAAAAGUCAAAAUUAAUAAAUACUUAAUCACAUGUCUAUAAAAUACGCCUUUAUGUCAAUGAGUCAAAUGAAAUAUUUCAGUUAUAUAAAAACAUAUUUAAUAUGGACUUUCAAUAUGUUUCAGUGUUUGAUAUGAGGAGAGAAACUUCGAAAAAAAAUGCUUUAAGGAAGGUCUAUAAAAGUCUUUUUUUUAAAGAUUUUAUUAAUUUAUUUGACAGAGAGGGAGCAAGGGAGA